UUUUCUUUUUCUUUACAUUCACUACACGUUUGGAAUGUAGCUCCCCUUCCCCCUCAAAAUCCAACUACUACUGGGGAAAAACAUACUGUAUGAAUGCUCAUCAUAUAAUCCAUGCAGGUGUUUGCCCUCUUUUUAUUACCAAGGCACCUGUUAAGGAAAUCAGAUUUGGAGGCUGGAUUUGAAUGCAUUUUCCUUCUUGAACCCCUACCAAGUUUUGACCCAACAUUCAAAUGCUUCUGUUUACUCAGCAUGAUCAAAAUAUUUUUGGGGAAACAAGAAAUGAGUCGUCAAACUGCUACAGCGCUUCCCACAGGUACCUCCAAGUGCACACCAUCACAGAGGGUGCCUGCAUUGACUGGCACCACCGCUUCCAACAAUGACUUGGCUAGUCUCUUUGAGUGUCCUGUCUGUUUUGACUAUGUACUGCCACCUAUUCUGCAGUGCCAAAGUGGCCAUCUUGUUUGUAGCAACUGUCGUCCCAAGCUCACAUGCUGUCCGACGUGCCGAGGCCCACUGGGUUCAAUUCGUAACUUGGCUAUGGAAAAGGUUGCCAACUCUGUACUGUUUCCUUGUAAAUAUGCCUCCUCUGGCUGCGAAAUCACUUUGCCCCACACUGAAAAAGCAGACCAUGAAGAGCUUUGUGAAUUCAGGCCUUAUUCGUGCCCAUGUCCUGGUGCUUCUUGUAAGUGGCAAGGCUCUCUAGAUGCUGUCAUGCCUCAUCUCAUGCACCAGCAUAAGUCAAUAACGACGCUACAGGGAGAAGAUAUAGUUUUCCUUGCUACAGACAUUAAUCUUCCUGGUGCCGUUGACUGGGUUAUGAUGCAGUCUUGUUUUGGCUUUCACUUCAUGCUUGUAUUGGAGAAACAGGAGAAAUAUGAUGGUCACCAGCAGUUCUUUGCAAUUGUACAGCUGAUAGGAACACGGAAACAAGCUGAAAAUUUUGCUUAUCGACUUGAGCUAAAUGGUCAUAGGCGACGAUUGACUUGGGAAGCAACUCCUCGAUCAAUUCACGAAGGGAUUGCAACUGCCAUCAUGAACAGUGACUGUCUAGUCUUUGACACCAGCAUUGCACAGCUUUUUGCAGAGAACGGCAAUUUAGGCAUUAAUGUGACGAUUUCGAUGUGUUGAAACCGUGAUCUGACGUUUUCAGGCCAGUGUCUAAAAACAACCCACAGCAUUCAGUUUCAUAGAACAAAGGUAAACAUCUUUGACUGCCAGAUGUGAACAAUUUGGUAGGGAGAGGUUAGCAUAUAUGAAGGUAAAUUAAUAGGAAGGCUGUUAAAGUACAGGAAACAGUUGCAUGUAAUAACACUAAUAUAUUUAAAAUAAGUCAGCAGUAAACCACUGAAUGAAUAUAUAUAUAUAUGCGUGUAUGUGUGUAUAUAUAUAUAUAUAUAUAUUCUACCCAAAAUGGGCAUCUUUUUGUAUUAAGAACUGAUUCAAUGAAAUGUGUUGUAAAAUAAUUCUAAACUUGUUUGUAGAUUGAUUGUACGUUUGGAACAGAUACUGUUUUGUGUUUAAUUUGUAUUCUUUUCCUUUGACUGACAAGCCAUGCAAGGCGGUCCAGUCUCUGGCCGCUACUUCCCCCUAUUCUUCCUCCCCUCCCACUGCGUAAGUCACUACAUAGUAUUGCUGCUGUUCUUGUGUAAAUUUUCUGUGUAUUUGCUAAUUUUUAUUAACUUCUAGUUUUUCAUUAAAUAAAUGAUUUUUUCUUUUAUGUAAUUCAGGUUUUUCCUUUUUCCUUUCUUGACCCUUUGAGAUUAAUUACAGGUGUCCAUUUUCUGAUACUUAUAAUUACUUAUGGUAAAGUGUAUACUUCUGUAUGUUUGGUAUCAUUUUUAGGGGGGUGCAAUCCUGCCACUGGUUAUAUAGUACAGAUAAGUCCUGUGGACCUAUAUGGAACUUAAACCUGAGUAACUCUGCAAAGGAUUGAAGUCUUUAGUCUCUUUCCAGUAGUUCAUUCAAUGAUACUGUUGUUCAUUCAGCUAUUUUUGUGAACAUAACAGUGUCUAAAAAGGGGCAACAUUGAACUGAUUCCUAAAACGGCUUCUUUUAAAUUGUAGAUGCUAUUGUAUUUUGAGUUCAAGCAUAACUGCAGAUUUGUUUGAGAAUGUUCUAAUUUAAAAAAGUGGAAGGUCAGGCACAUUUUCAAAUGACUUUAGAGACCUUUAGACAUUUUGAAGUCAUUCUUGUAUUUAUUGGUUGUGCAGUACAAGAAGGCAUUGUCUAUACAGUAUUUGUAACUAUAAAUUACAGACCAUUUGUUUAAAUGAGGCAGUUGAAAUAAGCUGUUUUUGGUCUUUUUUAAAUUCUGUCAUUAAAAGAAUUCCUGGCAAACUGAAAA